AUUGGAGUGGAGUUUAUUAGGAAUGAUAUCGAGUAUAGAGUUUACGCUAACAAAGAGGUUAUCGCUUCCGGCGGUCCCAUAAAUAGCCCACAAUUAUUAAUGUUGUCGGGUGUGGGUCCUAGAGAUCACUUACAAAGUCUAGGAAUUCAAGUCUUAUUGGAUCUACCGGUUGGUGACAAUUAUCUCAAUCAACCAUCUGUUAUGUUAACUCCAAAAGUUAAACCCGAGUACUUGUAUCUCACAAAUGAAAUUGGAAAGAUAAACAUAAAACAAUUAAGUGAAUUGUACUAUGAGCAAGGUGGUGUACUCGCACAACACCCUGAAGUUGCAUUAUUUUUUAGCACACAAAGCAACAAGGACAAACAAUGGCCUAAUAUUAACAUUAUUUAUAGAGUAGUUAAUGAUACAAUAUAUAGCACAGCUUAUUUGGCUCGUUUCAAAAGUCGUGGGACAGUUCGCCUACAAUCAACUGAUCCCAGGGUUCACCCAAUACUGAACCCAAACUGGUUUUCCCAUCCGGAAGAUGUAGAGAAUGCAUUAGAAUCAACCAGGAUGCAAUUUUAUAUAUUUGAGAAAACACAACUUGCUAAUUAUGUUAUACUACCAAAAUUAUCUGAUUAUGGCUGUGCGAUGUGCACCGGGAGAUAUAUUUACGAGUGCACAGAGGGGUUAUUAUGUUAUAUGAAGUAUUUUACCUACAGUUCCUUACAUCCCGGGGGCAGUUGUCGUAUGGGCUCAAUAGACAGACCCGAUGUUGUGGUCGACCCCCAGUUGAGGGUUAAGUACGCGAAGAACCUCAGGGUUUGCGACUCAUCGGUGUUCCCAGUGGUUCCCAACUCUAACACCGCCGCUAUAUCUAUAACCGUUGGCUACAAGUGCUCGCAAUUGAUCAAAGAUGCUUAUAAUUUGAAA